UACGUCCAACAUUACCACCACCACCUCUAACAUCACCACUACGUCCAACAUUACCACCACCACCUCUAACAUCACCACUACUACCUCCAACAACACAUCCCCGAAGGAACGAUGGUCGUGUGGAUACCCCUUUCAGCCCUCUCAGCCCUCUCACCCCUCUCACUCGACCAUUACACACUGUAGUUGCCAUUGGUGUGGAUAACGUGUCCUAUGCUAUUAAAUCAAACCAGAAUGUUAAAGGAGAGAGGGAGAAGCAAAAUGUUGGAGAAGAGAGGGAGAAGCAGAAUGUUGGAGGAACUGGAGGUACUCUUACACUCGGUAGUUCACUGGAAGCUGGAAUACCAAACAUGGAAGCUGGAAUACCAAUGAUGGAAGCUGGAAUACCAAUGAUGGAAGCUGGAAUACCAAACAUGGAAGCUGGAAUACCAAACAUGGAAGCUGGAAUACCAAACAUGGAAGCUGGAAUACCAAACAUGGAAGCUGGAAUACCAAACAUGGAAGCUGGAAUACCAAACAUGGAAGCUGGAAUACCAAACAUGGAAGCUGGAAUACCAAACAUGGAAGCUGGAAUACCAAACAUGGAAGCUGGAAUACCAAACAUGGAAGCUGGAAUACCAAUGAUGGAAGCUGGAAUACCAAACAUGGAAGCUGGAAUACCAAACAUGGAAGCUGGAAUACCAAUGAUGGAAGCUGGAAUACCAAACAUGGAAGCUGGAAUACCAAACAUGGAAGCUGGAAUACCAAACAUGGAAGCUGGAAUACCAAACAUGGAAGCUGGAAUACCCAAUAUAACUGAGAGCCAACAAUAUCACAACCUUGGGAAGAAGGCAGACGACAACACAACCACAAAUUCUGGUGCAGAUAGAAAUUCAGAGGAGGAGGAGAAGAAGAAGAAGAGAGAGAAGGAAAAAGAAGAUAAUGAUUCCAAACGUCACGUAUCUAUGGACAACACGAAUCAUCAUCAUCAUCAAAUCUUUCUACCUCGUCAAGAAAAUGCUACUGAUAAGGAAGGCGAUACUAACAAGACCUCUGACAGAUCAGCACAGACUGUAGUGGUUGAAGAUACGACAGUAAAUGUGAAUGAAGUAUUAGUAAGGAAGGCAGAGGAUGUGGGUUCCAAACUCCUCCCGAGAAAUUGUGGAGUGUGUUUACCAAUUGAGUGUGAAGAUCGAGAAGAAAAUAAUGGUGGCUUAAGAAAGGUAUCUGUGGAAGAUCAGGGAGGUGUGUUCAGCUAUGGAGGAUCAGCUAAUGGUGGCUUAAGAAAGGUAUCUGUGGAAGAUCAGGGAGGUGUGUUCAGCUAUGGAGGAUCAGCUAAUGGUGGCUUAAGAAAGGUAUCUGUGGAAGAUCAGGAGGUGUGUUCAGCCAUGGAGGAUCAGCUAAUGGUGGCUUAAGAAAGGUAUCUGUGGAAGAUCAGGGAGGUGUGUUCAGCUAUGGAGGAUCAGCUAAUGCAUCGGAAGGGGGAAGUCCACGGGGAGAUUUAAAGUUAAUAUACCAGACUUUUAGAUCAGAGGAGAAUGUGAAGGUGAAUGUUAGGGAGA